AACGACCACUGCUGUCAUUAACGGGAAGAGCUUCGUCAAGCCGACCAGUCCUCUACAGACUUACCCUGACCUUGACAGUGUGAUUGAGUCGUGUAACAAGACGGACCUUAGGUGUGAGGAAGAGAUCUGCUUCUGUACUCAAGUAAUUAAGGUGGACAUUGGAACCAAUGUCCAGUUUGUUUCAGUAGCUCCAGGUCCCGAUGUGAGCGUGCCUAUAAUUGGACUGCAGCAUCCAAUCCACACUUACGGUCAUGACUUUCACGUGUUGAAGGUGGCUUAUUCCCAUUUCAACUUGUCAUCUGGUGAGUCCUUGGAUAUUAACGAGGACAUCGAAUGUGAGUCAGAAGUGUGGUGUGAUUGUCCAAAGUGGAAAAACGACUCUUUGGGCGAAGACAACAUUCCAGGCCUUAACCUUGUGGAUCCUCCCAUAAAGGACACAGUACUUCUGCCGAGACAUGGCUACACUGUCAUCAGGAUGAAAGCGGUUAACCCGGGAUUUUGGUUCUUUCACUGUCACAUUGAGAUUCACCAGAUCACGGGACUGGCGCUCAUACUGCAGGUCGGGGAUGUGGACCAGAUGCCACCCACGCCCAAAAACUUCCCUACCUGUGGGAACUUCAACUUUCCACAGGAAGAAUUCGAGGAUAUGACGAAAAAGUCAAAGACCUCCUCGAAAGCUAAAGGAGUGACCAGCGCUUUUCUCAACCGUGACUUACUGGGACUUGCCGAGGCUCAACCAAACGGUUCCGGAUGUGUGAUGAUAGUCAAAGAUGACACAAAAACUGCCUACGUCAUUGUUAUAUGCGCACUAUUGACUACUGUAGUCGCAUUUGGACUGUGCUUGUCGUGGCAAAUCACUGAAAAGAAAAGUUUAAUGCAAAAGUACGGUGACGAUUUUGGUGUUAAGUUCCACCGGCUUGGUAGUGACACAGAUAAUCUCGUCGCUUCUGCAGGAGACAAAAGCAUCGGACAAUCGGCGACGUAUAUGAUAUUUCGCAAGAUUUAAAUUAACAUUCAACUCUUGAGAAUCUUAAGCUGAAAACCAUCUUGUUCACUAUAGUCGAAUUACA